AUGACGUCGCAUUCGACAGUCGGGGACAAGGAGCCCAUCAUCGAUGACAAGGCUGUCUCGCAAGACGAAUACAGCUGUACUUCAUCUGAACAGCACAGCGAAGAGAUGGUCGAGCAACAUGACGAACCAGAUGCAAUAGGAAGCACCGACAUGGCACCAGACAAAGAAGCCCAAUUAGAUGCACGCUCAACACUCACUGCUGAAUCCGGCCUGCCACCUGCUCCUGACGGUGGACUCCACGCCUGGCUCAAAGUCCUGGGCGGCUUCUUAAUUUACAUGAACAUCUGGGGUUUUACCUUGACAUACGGCGCAUUCCAAUCCUACUACCGCACCUCGCUCCUCUCUUCCUCCACAGCCUCCUCAAUAUCCUGGAUCGGCACAACUCAAGCCUGGCUCCUAAUCGUCGUCGGCGUCCUCUCCGGCCCACUCUUUGACAUGGGAUACUUCCGCUCUAUGCUCCUUGUCGGUAACUUUCUCGUUGUAUUCGGCGUCAUGAUGUUGAGUCUAUCAACCAAGUACUGGCAAGUCUUCCUCAGCCAAGGUAUAUGCAUGGGCUUGGGUGCCGGACUGCUGUACAUCCCCAGUCUAGCCAUGGUAGGCGUGUGGUUCGACAAGAGAAGGAACGUUGCGCUGGGAAUCGUUAUGAGUGGGAUUGCUGUUGGUGCAAUCAUCUACAUAACAAUGUUCAACAACCUCGUCCGCCGCACGUCCUUCGGCUGGGCCAUCCGCUCCCUCGGCUUCGUCGCCCUCGUCACCGCCCUCCUCUCCAUCCCCGCCCUCCUCUCCGGCUCUGCCUGGCUCAACAAGCCGCGCAAGCGCCGCGCCCUUUUCGACAAAUCCGCCCUCCAUGACCGACUCUUCCUCAUGUUCACUCUCGCCUCCUUCACCACCUUCCUCGGCUAUAACGUCCCCUACUUCUACAUCCCCACGUAUGCCCGCGAGCGCCUCGGCACCGACGAGCGCACCGCCUUGUACAUGCUCGUCAUGGCUAUCGCCGGCAGUUUCUUCGGCAGACUCAGUGUAGGCUUCUUGGCCCAUUACGUCAGGCCCAUCUUGACGUGGGCCAUGUGUGCGACGUGCAGUGGUAUUUUGGCCCUGAGCUGGUUGUCCAUUAAGGAUGAGAAGAGUUUUAGGGCUUUUAGCGUUUUAUGGGGUUUCUUUUCAGCGGGUCUUGUUACCUUGCCUGCCGCCGCGUUCGCAAGUAUCACGACGGAUAUGUCGCGGUUGGGUACCCGGCUCGGCAUGUCGUGGAGUGCAAGCAGUGUGGCUACGCUGAUUGGCGCCCCGAUUGCUGGUGCGCUGCUUAAGAGGGAGAAUGGAAGGACAGACUUUCUCGGUGUGCAAUUGUGGAGUGGUAUCUUCCUUUUUGUGGGAACGGGGACUUUGGCCAUUUUUUGGGCUAUGGUCGUCAGGAAGAAGAAGAGCGGGUGGAAAGUAUAA